AUGGCCAGUCAACAACAGGACCACUGGUCUAAUCCAGGGGCUUCAGCUCAGGAGCCAUCAGAUAAACAACCUCAUCGUCACCAAGGCUUCAUUCAACAACAAGGCCAUACGGUUCUUCCACCUCCGUCUUCUUUGACCCACCAAACUGGUCCAUCGACAAGUCAACCUUCUCAGUACUAUAACUCCCUUCCAUCACUUCCGGGAAUAUCAAAUGUUUCUGGUGCACCAUCUAAUUCUGCAGCAGGUGCCACUUCUUCAGCCGUCAAUGGUGCUCAGGCUUCAGGAUCUUCUCAAGCUCAACAGCCUUCUCAACCUCUUGGCCAACCUGGCCAACACUAUUAUCCGCCUCCUACGGGUAUACCGAAUUCGCAGGAAAGCUCUAGUAUAAAUACUGUGCCUCCCCAUCUUCAGCAUCAGCAGAUGACAUCUCCUCCUCCCCAGCAAUCACAACCUCAGGGCUCGGCUUCUCAGUCUAUGUCUGCUUAUCGUCCAUUGAAUGUAAAAGACGCACUAUCGUAUUUGGAUCAAGUUAAAGGACAGUUUGAAACUCAACCCGACGUUUAUAACCGAUUUUUGGAUAUCAUGAAAGAAUUUAAGAGUCAAAAUAUUGAUACACCCGGUGUCAUUUCUCGUGUUUCUACUUUGUUUAGAGGCCACAAUAAUCUUAUACAAGGCUUCAAUACAUUUUUGCCUCCUGGUUAUCGUAUUGAGUGUUCUUUGGAUCCUUCAGACCCCAACCCUAUAAGAGUGACUACUCCUAGAGGAACUACUUCUCAACCAAAUGAAGAAUCUAGUGUCACAUAUGAUAACCAGUGGCAACCUGCUGCUGUUCAGCAAUCUCCUACUCAACAGCAUCCAAUUUCUCAAGAGCCAUAUCCUGGGUAUGGCGGAAUUUCCGGAAAUAGAAACAUUCCAGUCAAUGGUACACCUGGUGCUGCUAUGAACCCGUCAAUAGAACCUGCUGAAGCUCAACAGGGUCCUCCAUCUGUUUCUGUCUCUGUUCCUCAAACCAAUUCUGGUGGUUCACCUGCUUCUGGGUCUGAUUACAGACGUCCGGGUGACCCAGUGGAGUUUAAUUAUGCUAUUAGCUAUGUUAACAAAAUCAAGACGCGGUUUGCUAACCAACCUGAUAUUUACAAUACAUUUUUGGAAAUUCUUCAAACUUAUCACCGUGAACAACUUCAAAUUAAUGAAGUUUACGUUCAAGUCACUCAGCUUUUCCAUGAUGCUCCGGAUCUUCUGGAAGACUUCAAGCAAUUUCUUCCAGAUAUGUCGCAACCACAACAAGGUCUUCCUCCUCCUCAACAGCCUUCGCAACAUGUUCUUCCUCCACCCCAACAGCCAUCUCAUCUUCCACCCCCCUCUCAACAGCAGCAGCAACAGCAGCAGCAACAGCAGCAGCAGCAGCAACAGCAACAGCAACAGCAACAGCAACAGCAGCAACAGCAACAGCAACAGCAACAGCAACAGCAACAGCAGCAACAGCAGCAACAGCAGCAGCAACAGCAACAGCAGCAGCAACAGCAACAGCAGCAGCAGCAACAGCAGCAGCAGCAACAGCAGCAGCAGCAGCAGCAACAACAACAGCAGCAACAUAUGAUUGGUCCUGGGGUAGAUAAUUUGCGUCUUCCUCCUGUUGGAAACUUUUCCCCUCCAAAUAUUGCAGGGUCGGGAAUUCAAAACAAUGGCACUCCUUUAAGUGGAACUCAUGGCCAUCCUAUGUCUGUGGGUAUGGUUGCACCUCCCCCUUCGGCACAAUCAACUCCUGCUGGUAGAGGUGAGCGCAAAAAAAGGGGUGCGGCUGCUAAUUCAAGCGGCACAAAUAAUGUGCAAUACAAUGAAAACGCAAUGUAUCAACAGCAGGUUCAACAAAUCCAACAGCAACAGCAACAGCAUUUGCACCAUGCCCAUGGAUAUGAUGUUCCUAAUCAAGUUCCUAACUCUCGUGGCCAGAUUCUGAAGAAGUCUCGAAACCGAAGCGAUGCUCCUCCAAGCCCUACAUUGGUUCCGGUUAUUCCCGAGCCAAUUUCUGGUGGUAACCAACUCACUGGAGAAGGUGCAAAUGCUGUUUUAAUGGAGGAGAUUACAUUCUUUGACAAAGCAAAGCGAUUUAUUGCUAACAAGUACACCUAUAAUGAGUUUUUAAAAGUUUUGAAUCUUUUUUCACAGCGUAUUAUUGACAAGAACUUGCUGGUUGAACGUGUUGAGGGUUUUUUGGGUGGUAAUCGUGAACUCAUGGGAUGGUUUAAGGAUUUUGUCAAGUAUGAUGGCAAGCCUCUCCACAUUGAAAACAUUCCAUACAAAAAACAUUAUCUUGAGUUAUCUCUUUGUCGGUCAUAUGGACGUUCUUACCGCCUUUUACCUAAGUCGGAACCUUACAUGCCUUGUUCUGGCCGUGAUGAAAUGUGCUGGGAAGUACUAAAUGAUGAAUGGGUUGGUCACCCUGUUUGGGCAUCAGAAGAAGCGGGUUUUGUUGCUCAUCGUAAAAAUCAAUAUGAAGAAAUCAUGCAUCGUGUUGAAGAGGAACGCCACGAGUAUGACUAUUAUAUCGAAGCAAAUCUCCGAUCUAUUCAAACUCUUGAAACUCUUGCCAGCCGCAUUGCUAACAUGCCUGAAGAAGAAAAGGAGACAUUCAAACUACCUCCCAAUCUCGGCCAUACUUCUACCAUUUAUGAAAAAGUUUUGAAAAAAAUUUAUGGCGAAGCCCGAUACAAGGAAGUAGUGGAAGCUCUUCGGGAUACUCCUGCUGUUGCUGUCCCUAUUGUUUUACGACGAAUGAAACAAAAGGACGAAGAAUGGAAGAGGGCCCAUCGUGAAUGGAACAAGGUCUGGCGUGACACUGAGCAAAAAGUCUUUUUUAAGUCAUUAGAUCACCGCGGUCUGACUUUCAAACAAACAGACAAGAAAUAUUUGACUACCCGCCAGCUUGUUUCCGAAAUCACUACCGUCAAGACUGAGCAAUCUAAUAAACGUAUCAGCCCUCUUCAAGCCAAACCCAAGGAACAGCUUGUUUAUUCUGUCGGCGAUUAUUCAGUUCUUAUGGAUUUAGUAAGAAUUGUUAUGUGCUUUUUAGGCCAUGCAACUACAUAUUCUAGCAACGACCGUGAGAGAAUGGAAUUUUUUUUCAAAUCAUUUCUUCGCCUGUUUUUUUCACUUCCAGAAGAUAUGCUUCCUCUUUCCACUGACGGUGACAAUGUUUCAGCUGACGGUGAUGUGAGAUCUCCUGUCACCAACGGCACUAUUUCUUCUACUUCUAGUGGAGGCAGCAAUGGUAUAUCCACUAACGGAAAUUCUGCCAGUAAAAAGCGACCCCGUGAUACAACAGGAGAAAUGCUCCGAGACAUUUUGAAAAAGUCCAAGCAGGCUAAACGCUUCCGCGAAGAUUCUGGUAAUGCUGAAGACGAUGAAGAAGCUGAAGAAGAAGAAGAGGAUCCUAUUGAUAGAGCUGGAGAUCUUUGGCUAAACCACGUUAAUCCCUCGAUAAACCUUUUUGAAAGCAAAGCCCGGGACACAUUUAAUUUGUUUGCUAACAAUACCGUUUAUGUCUUUAUUAGACUUAUUGUCAUUCUCUAUGAGCGUCUUGCUGAAGUCAAACAGUUUGAAUCUAUUGUGUCAAAUGAAAUUGCAAACAGCAGAAAUGUUCAGUUUGCCAUUGACCUAGACCUUUAUGAUCAUCGCAUGGCUCAAAUGGCAUUAUCAUUUGAUAGCAAGGACUGCUACGGUCAGCUUCUCAAUCUUGUUGAACGUCUCAUUGAAGGCGAUUUGGAACAUCAAUGGUACGAAGAGGCGAUUCGUCAAGCCUACCGGAACCGUGCUUAUAAGCUUUACACAGUCGAUAAAGUUGCUCAAGCCAUCGUCAAGCACCUCCACAAUAUUGUUUCUGAUGCUAAAUCGUCUGAUGUAUUAGUUUUGUGGGAGCAUGACCGAACUAAUCUUGUUACAUCCACUAAAGAUCAAAUUUUAUACAGAAUGCGUGUCAAAUCUGUUUUGGGAUCAGAUGAAAACAUGUUCCGUAUUGAAUGGAAUAACAAGACUAAAGACAUGCUCAUCCAAUUUUUGAGCCAGGAUGAUGUUUCACUGAAACACAAGAGAUCUGCCCAACAGGAGUGGAAUUAUUACCUCACUUCUUAUUUGAUGUCGGGACCUACAGAAGGCGUUCCUGCGGAUAAGGUUCAUGUUCCUCUUUUGCAACGUAAUCUUACUGACGAGUCUAUUCCCGAAACAGAGGAAGAAGAAAAUAAGGAGGCUGGUAGUGAAGGCCAAGAUGCCGAUGUUACGAAGGAAGAUGAUGGCGAUUUUAUUGAUGUUGUAGAUCAAGGACUUGCCAUUCGGGUUUCGAUUCCUACAUAUCGCUUAUUUUUCGAACCUAAUACAGCCGAUUAUUUCACGCGUAAGGUUGGAGUCUCUUCUAAUUCAUCUUCGGAUGCUGCUGAAGCAAAAAGAAAAAGCAAAUGGCAUGAAGUGUAUCAAGGCCCGAAAGGAUGGAAAAAAGAUCUUCCACCCCAUGAUGCUGUUGAUGCAACUGCUCGUUACAAUGCCUGGAAAUAUGAUAAUCCUAGCUUGUUAGUGAGUGCUACUGCUGCAAAGGCAUCUGGUCCUGCAGAAACUUCAGUUCCUGUAUCAACAGAACCUUCUGAUAUUACUCAGCAACCGUCAAUUGCUGUUGCAGCAGUCGCUGGCGAUGCUACUGAAACCCAUAUUUCUACCAAUGAACAAAACCCUGGGUCUUUAGGUGUUGCUCAAAAAGAUAACGAUGUUACCAUGUCUGAUGUUUCUGGAGUUUCUGGUAGUACUUCUGCUAAUUUUUCGGCAGAUUUAACUCGAAGUGCGGUAGAACCCUCAGACUCAGUGAUUCCCACUGCUUCUUCGCUACAAGUUAACCGCGUCGUAUUAACUGAGGAUAUCAAGGAUGAUAAACCAACAAGUGAUCUCAAGGAGAAAUCGGAACAAGAUUUGGAACAGCCAGUUGCACAGGAAAAAGAAAAGGAGUCCAUUAAAAGUGAUAAAAAGGAGACUUCUUCAGAACCUGCUGAAUUAACUGAGGAAGUUCCACUGAAGGAGGCAUCUGAUCAUAUAAUCACAAAUCAAUCGGCUUCUUCAGAUAAUCAGCUUGAUAAAUCGUCAAGUGAGGUAAAAUCUUCAGACUCUGGAGAGACUCUAAAGGAGCCUUUAGUGGAAAAUCCACUUGUUUCUACCUUGGCUUCAACGAAAGACAGUUCAAAUAUUAUUGAAGAAGAAAAAGACACUAAAUCUUUGAAUGAUGAAGCUGAUUCUAAGACAAUUGCAGAAAAACCUGUAAAUGCUGAGGGAGAAGAAAAGACUGAAGCUAAGGAAGAUGUCGCAUCAAAGCAGGAUGAGAAAGAUGUGACAACAUUACCACCACUGUCAACUAAUUCUAAAGAGACAGAUGAUACCAAGAAGGAUAAAGAUGGUGAUGUUACAAUGGAUUGA